AUGGGUGGAUGGGCAUGUGCAGCGGAGGAGUUACAGUACUGGGACGUUCAAGUGGCCCUGGAUCACGACAAAGGUGCAAUUGGGUGCUAUUGCCUCAAUCAUCCAGGCCAGGUCGUGCUCAACCCGGCCCAUUUGUCGCCGCCUCUUAGUGACCAGAAGCUCAUCGUCUGCACUGACUUCGAGAACCUGUCGUGGGUGAACACCCUGAAUUAUCGGGACAUCAAUACCUUCACGGUGUCGGCUCCUUGUCAAAGCUGGUCGGGAAUGGGAACUAAGUCGGGCACGGGUGCUGAGACGGGUCGUGUGUUGGUUCGUGCUGUGCAGAUGGCACGACUUCUGCAGCCUGCACUUAUCUUGGUCGAACAGGUGGCUGGUUUCAGACAACAUGCUGAGUAUGAAGCUUUUGCUAGGACCAUGCAGGAGGCGGGCUUCCGCCUCAUGGCUAGCACAGUGCACGAUCUGGAAUUGUUGUCGUGCACCACCAGACAGAGAUGGUUUGGCAUAUUCAUGAAUACUGUGCAUAUCCAGCAGUGGGAGCAUGUUGGAAGGUGGAUUCAUCCAAUUCUUCGAGAAAAACACACCUACCAACCGGAUACCCACUGCAUCACAGCUAUGACUGAGAGCCAGCGCAGCGCAGUGACUGUCUCUGAAGAUGAUUUUCAGGUCAUGAACGACCCGGCAUUGCUGCCACAGUGGGUGCGGCAUGCCCCCGGGGCCCAGUCUGGCGCCAUGCCGUUCAGGGUGCAGGGCGCAGGGAUGAUUUGGCCAACGAUCCCUGCCUCGUACAGGUCGUCGGUCUCCUUCUCCAGGGAUUACCUCUCAGCUGGAGGGCUCAUGACAUGGGCCAUUCGAGAUGCAUAUGGUGAUGUCAGAUGGGCGAGCAAGUUCGAGGCGGCCAGGGCCUUGAGAUUUUCCGCCACCACCAUUCUGCCGAAGGAUGAAGAUGAAGGUUUUGUGGCCGUGGGCCAAUCAGUUUCGCCUUUUCAAGCUGCCCUCAUCAUGUGCCAGACCCAGGAGGUGUGCCGGCAGCAAGGUCACGCUACACCCAACCAGGGCUUUACUGAGACCAUGACCCUUUUUCGGAGCAAGCAAGGGUUUAUGGACACCUUCUUCAUCCGAGACCAUGGCUUGGCACAUGAAAGUUUGGCGACUCGGCUCUCUACGCCCACCCAGUUGGAAAUCCAGUGCCCCCAUUGUCAUUUGAUGACGAACCAGCCCCUCCUGCUGGCAUGUCGUAAAUGCUGUAUGGUGGCAUGUCACAGAUGCCUCACAGAUGACUGCAUGGAUUCCCACUUCACAGUGGUCCAGGAGACUACUGCACAGCAGGAGUUGGACGAGCUCAAUCGGCUCUACCAGCCACCCCUUGCAGGCAGAAGACUCUUCUCAGUCAUCAGGGUGGAGACUGGCUUCCAAGAAAACCUGGAUUGCGACCUCGCUCAAAACGUGGGGCAGGCCUAUCUGUACUGCGAUUUGCCACAGGGCUCAACGUUCUUCAAGGAUCAGAUCAUGGUCAGGGAUGAUUAUGAGCCACAGCACGGAGACAUCCUCCAUGCCAUUCGCAACAACCGGCAGGAUGAUGCUUGCCCCCUUUGCCUCACCUACGCCAUGAACAGACAGCUCCGCCUUUGUCUCAUGUGCAAUCGCAUUGGAUGUGCAUUAUGCAUCGUCGACAAGUGCUCUCGAUGCACUGGAGGGGCUCUGUCGUGCAGGACAUGCCAUGAGAGGGCCGCGGAUUCGCAUAUCAGAGCGCUUCAUGAGCAUGCGUCCCUCCAGCUCGAACAUGACACCCAGCCCUGCUUGCCAGAAUGGGACUGGACAUUGUCUUGUGAUAUUGAGGCCGAAUGGGAGCUGCUUACAGUCUUGGCAUACCCUUCUGGUCGGGCUACAGUCAAGCGCUCGCUCUUCCACAACACCACUCAUAUCGUUGACACUGUCAAAAGAAUGGGGUACGACCUCCCAAGUGAAGUGCAGAUCUUUUGGGGUGACUCCGUCAAGCCUCACCUUCACAAAGCUGUGGAAGGCUAUAUUCUGGUGGUGCCAAUGGACCAGCUGGGUCAGGGCAGAGUUCCUGUGGUGUGCCGUACCCACAAAGGCGAGCAUGUCAAGAUGUGCCCUCCUACACAGCCCCUCAAUGCAUGGAUUCGUUCUAUGCUGACCCCUGACGAACGUCAAGCUGGCUACAAGGUCCUCUACCGGCAACAGGUCCUGCAAGGAACGUCUACCUUGACUUUGGCUACCGGUGAAGUGCUUACUAAGGUGCCGCCAUGGAGCCAACAAAGCAGGUCCUUGGACUGCCCCGAGGAAGGCAUGCAUCUCCUGGAUUCGGUUUUUACCGAAAUCCCUCAACCCCUGCAGACAGCUGGACUUGGAGGAUCUUUCCCUGGAACCAUCACCAAUUGGUGUGGUGUAGUCAUGCUCUCGGGAGCCUUUCAGCCUCUCCCGGUGCCUUUACCUGGACAAACAUGGGCGCAGUGGACGGCUCACCUACCUCUGCCAGAUCAUGAACACAUUUGGGCCACGUCCAAUGGUCGCCAUUUACCUCCUGAUCAGCCAUUGGAUGGUCGACCCAUCCUGUUGCGGCUGCAUGCUCGCGGCCGAGGGGGAGGAAAACAGAGUGGCAAGCAUGAUGCCCUGGCUAAGAAGUUGGCCACUCAUCUUCAGUCAAAGGGUGUCCCCUCAGAGGAGGCUACCAGCCGGGCUGAAGCCGUGAUCAAUGUGGUGGGAACAUCUGCGGUGCAAGACGCCUAUGACUCAACGGAUCCGUGGAGAGCCUUGAAGUCUGCAGCUGGAAAUCGAAUCCGCCUGGUGAAACCAGAGGAGCUCAAGGCGGCGAAGACCAGGACGAUGUCAACGGCCAGUAAUGACAGAGGCCCGGACCCUUGGGCUGCGUCUGAUCCUUGGUCCCAGGGCCGCAACUCCAAGGAAACGCCACCUACUACGAGCGAUGUCCUGAUCAGUCUGCUCCCUGGUUUUUUCUUGGACCAAGAGGCACAACCACUUCCGAUCCUCCAACAUCUGGUUGCAGAAGGGAAAGGCGUAGCUUUGCUCAACGUCGAAGAGACUCAGGUCCAUGCUUCCGCCAAUUACCUGCUCUCUGAAGAAGAACUUGCAGCCAUUGUGGUGUCCCCGACACCACCUUUCCCCGGCCAGAUGCCGUGCCGACCGAUCUCGUUCGCUGCUAUGCAUGGCGAGCAAAAAGUGCUGCUCAGAGGAUACAUUGUGGAUUUCGGCCAAAAAGCAGCGAAGCUCAAGGAGGCUGUCCUCACGGUGGAACUGGAAGAUAUGGCGACCAUUGCGAUUGAGGUGAGACGAGAGUACCAGGCUACCUGGGAAACGGUCGCUAAGAACCCACUUCGCUAUGUUUGGUCUGUCAUUGAUGGUCUCCAACAGGCUACAGCUACAACCUGGUCCAGGAAGUACUUCAAUGGACGCAAAGAGGCUGCAGCAGACACAGCUACCACGUGGCACUGCUUUGCUAAGAUUCCUGGGAAUGGAAUUGACCAGUACCUCACCCAGUCCGGCAAGGGUGGAGGUUUCGUCAUUCCCAAAACCAAUGGAGAUGCUUCUUUGGCUGGCCAUUUCCGGGUCAUAUGGCUGGACCACACAGACCUCGAUCGGGCAGUGACGCUCCAAAGAACGUACCCGGAUAUCCUGGGCCUUGUUCGUGGCAGAGACACUUUGGGUGUCCGCGUUCGUGCUUCCGACUACUCUGGCACAAGGAAGAAGAUUGAGCCUUCCUGGAGCCCUCAGGGGCUACUCACGGAUCUAGUUGUGGAAGUACGAUGGAAUGUCGCUCCCCUGCCACCCCACACUGACAAGGCGGCUGUUCAAAGGAUUAUCAAGGAGCUCAACUGGAAAGCUGUGCCCCUCAAGCAACUCUCAUCGACUACCUGGGUGGUUGGGUCAUCCAAUGCAGACCCUGCCCCUACAGACGUCUUCGACUUCGACAACCAGCCGGUGCUGAACACCCGCCAGAACGUUCGCCAAGCGAAUCUGCCUGCGCAGAUGGUGUUAGCAGCCCCACCGGCUAGCAAGAAAUCCUUGGUGUCCCGCUUCACUGCUGGAAGAUGGCAGGCGCCUGCCAUACAGUCUCAGGAUUCCUCUAUGGAACCCACUCCAGGACCGCCAGUCACAGCUCGUGCGCUGAUGGCAGAACUACGCGAUGAAGUCAACCAGCGUCUUGGAGAUUUUCAGGCCCAGAUACAGCAGACUGUCAACCAAGUCAACGUCAAGGUGCAGGAAGCGCAGGAUACUGCAGCAUCCUGUACCAUGGAGACCGAGGCUGUGCUACAACGCCAGGACGCACGCGUCACCCAGCUGGAGACCUCAGUUCAGCAGCUCAGCAAUCAUAUCGUCACCAAGACGGAUCUGCAGGACGCCCUCAAGGCUGCUAUGGAACUCCAGAGUCGGGAGAUCAGAACCUUCCUGGCAAAGCGCAGUCCUGAUGUCACUCCCACGAACGACCCCAAGGCUCCCAGGGUUAGGGUCAUCGCUGUCUACGGUUAUCAUUCUGGGAUAAAAGACUCUCUUACCAAGAACGAUAUACUCCUGGGCAAGAUCCUACAUCGUGCACAAGCUUUUGACUUGCCUGUCAUCGUCACUGGUGAUUUGAACUGUGAUAUCAAUCAACUCGAAGCAUGGCAUGCAGCUGUUGCUCGUGGAUAUGUCGAUGUCGCCGCUCGCCAGGCUGCACUAAGCUCUUCCGAACCUGAACCUACGUACAAAGGACAAAGUCGAUUGGAUUAUGUGCUGUGUAACAGGGCAGCUGCAGUUGCUUUUCAAGCUCUUUCUGUGGAUCCUCAAGGGUUUACUGAUCAUGCAGUCUUGUCAGCUUCUUUUGAUUGGGGUCUGUUUCAGCCAGUUGUACCUCGAUGGUCGUUCCCGCGUGCGUUGGAUGACCAGCCCAAGACGCUUGGCCAGGUUGCAUCCUUGGUGGCCCAACCACAGCUACAUGAGCAGUUCUGCGCGGCCAUUCAGUCAAACGAUGCUGAGGCUGCUCUGGGAUUGUUUGCCAGGAUCUAUGAGGACAAGGUCAGCAGAGCCUACCAUCAAGUGGUGUCGACUCCUAUACCACCCAAGUUCCUUGGGAGAAAUCGUUGCAAGAUCCAGAAGCUGAAAGGCGGGCCUGUUGUUGCUCUGCCUGAGACUCAAUCGUUGGCAGAUGGCUUCCGUGUCGUUUGCUUUGACAAGGCAAGGCGUUGGUUGUUAGAGCUGCAAUCAUUACAGAACAAGGACGCAGAUAUCGCCAAACAACAUGUUCUCUGGAAGAAAAUUGUGCGAUGCGAGGGUUUCUCCCCCUCCUUUCCUGAAUGGCUCAUGUCCCACGAUGUGGUACUCUCGGUUCCCUUCGAGCUGCCGAGUGGAGAAUGGAUUCAACAUGUGGCGCAAGCAAUCCAGUAUGAGUGUAAACUUCUGCAAACGUUACAAGCUAGGGAGAAGAAUGCCAUGAUCCUACGGAACAUGAAGCUGGACUGGUCCAAGGGUGGAAGGUUGCAUUCACAGUCGAUCAAACCACUGCCUCUGGGUACAAUGGAUUCCCUCAUGGUCAAGAAGGAGAGGUCCUUUCAUCUCCUGCGAUGUUGCAAAGGCAAGGAGGCCCAGAUCUCUUUUCAUGAUGGGCUGCCGACACCGCCUGGCACACAGCUGACCUUUCAUGGGAAGGAGGGGGUUAUACAUGCAGCUGUGGUCAAAGCUUCUGGCCACAAGGUGGAGUGGAAUGUGCCAGCAAAUGGUUAUAUGAGUUCUGUGUCGACAGUACAGCAGACAACCUGGUCUACAGAUACAGACUACAUUGCAUCCCAGGUUCAAUCUUUUUGGAAACGUUAUUGGCAGCCUCAGAACAAACCAGAUUUGGUACAGGCCGCGACAAUGGUCAAUUGUUUACCUCAGAUACCGCAAUUUGAUGAUAUUAUCACUGCUGAGGAGGUGGAGGCUGUUAUUUCAAAACUGCCCUCUGGAAAGGCCCGGGGAAUGGAUGGGUUCUCGAUGCCUGAGCUCAAGUCAUUUGGACCUCAGGAGCACGAUUUACUGGCACAGCUGUUCAAUACCAUCACUGCUACAGGAGAAUGGCCACAAGCUCUCCUCUCUUCAUUUGUGGCCCUGCUGGCAAAGGUGCCACAUCCCCAGUCUCCGAAAGAUGCAAGGCCCAUAACUGUACUUCCGACUCUGUACAGACUAUGGGGAAAGAUUAUGGGUGCAAAGAUCAUGAGGGCUCUCCUGCCGUACUUGCCCAAAGACCUGUUUGGAUCAGUGCCUGGGAGAUCCGCAUCUGAUGCAGCGUGGGAAUUACAAACAGCGUUGGAACAAGCAGCAUGCGGUGGUGAUGAUAUUGUGGGCGUAUCGUUGGAUUUGUCAAAAGCCUACAACACUAUUCCUCGAGAGGUCGUUUCAAUGCUAGCAGACAAGUGCGGAUGGCCGGCUUCUUUGAAACGAGCAUAUCUGUCAUUUCUCCAGAAUUUCCAUCGAUUCUUCAAGGUUCAUGGUGGUUUCCAUUGCCCGACCUACAGCGACACCGGCAUCCCUGAAGGUUGCCCAAUUGCCGUCCCUGUUCUGAUCAUGGUUACCUUCCUGGUUACAACAUGGUCCACACAAGACGAUGGACAAGCCAGAUUUCUGAGCUAUGUGGACAAUUGGACCUUGAUCAACACCUCCUUUCCUCAUCUUGCUGAAUCACUGGAUAAGGUUUACACGGCUACGACAACCCUGGCACUCUUGCUCAACCCCGACAAGACCAGAGCCUUUGCCACUACUCCCCAAAUGAGGCAGAAACUCGCAAAUUUUUCCUUCGCAGGUCACCCGCUGAGCGUCUGUCAGACACACGAUGAUUUAGGAGUUUGGUUCACUUCGACCCUCAGAAAGACGUCUGUGGCGAUACAUAAGCGUCUGGACUCAAACCAAUCCAAGCUCAAGAAACUGCAAAUGAUGCCCUGGUCGGCUCAGCGAAAGUCGGAUGUUCUGAAGAGGACUGUGGUGCCAUCUCUUCUUCAUGGGGUCUCGUGGGCAUCUUCCCCUGCCACAUUUAUUGCCACACUGCGAGGAAAGUUUUCGGCUGCUAUAUGGGGACAACACCACCACCGUGACCACUUUCUGUGCCCGAUGUUCUCCCUCAAACAGCCCUUCGAGCCAUACCUGAUUAUUUUCAAACUGCGGCUGGCUGAUCUUCGCAGGGCAUUUGCCAGACCACAGAGCACCACCGUUCGUUUGUGGGACAACAUUCUGACAACGCAACGGAGCACAGGCCCUCUCCGAUACUUUUUUGAGAUGUGUUCCCAGCUGGGUCUCAUACCGCAACCUGGUCUGUUGCUCUCUGUGCUUGGCCGAUCUGUACAUAUGUGCUUAUCUCCCUUGCCAGAGAUCAUGGACAUUGUCACUCAGGCGUGGAUGGAGCAUAUUGCUGCCAAAGUUCAAGGGAAGCCAGAUGUGGAUGGUAUUCAGACAGUGGACUUUGCAUUCUCUACCAAGCUCAGGAAUGCUACCCAGGUCCAACCUCAUGUACUGGGAUCCUUUACUUCCAACGCUGCAGUCCCGAGUAAACAGAAGCGUAAAUUUCUGCCCCCCGAGGAAAUACUUUGCAAACAUUGUGGUCAGGAGGACGAUGCAAAGCACCGAUUGCUGCACUGUCCGCACUUUCAACAAGCCAGAGCUCAUGUGUCCCUGGAAUAUGCUUUGCAAUGGCCGACUUUGCUGGUUACGAGAGGUUUGGCUAGAAAGCCAGCAUCCCUUCAAGCGUGGGACGAUCUGAACUUCAGCAGGUCGUGGCCUAUGAUGCCUGAAUGUCUGGAUCAUGGUAUGCACUUGUUCACAGAUGGUUCCACAGAUGGUUCCAGGUCUGUCCCAAGAUCUGCAUGGUCUGUUGUGAUGCUUGAGCCUGGUUCCUUCAUUAUGCUCUUGUGCAAUCUGGGCCGCUACCGGGCAAGCAAUGCAACUACCGGGCUGAAAUGUUCGCGACAUUGGCUGCUCUGUGCUCAUCGGUCAACGCUACUGUUUACAUUGACAACAAGAGCGUGGUCCAGGGCCUUCACAGAUUGCAGCGCGAUGGUUGGGAUCAAUUUUAUUGGAACAAGAGUCCUGAAAUUCAGCUCUGGCGCGAAAUCUGGGAGGUAUUGCGAACCAAACAACCGCAAGCCUGGGUGUUUACACACGUUCGUUCUCAUCGCGACUUCAAGCAGCAACCUACAGAUUUUCAGGCGUGGACUGCUUUCGGAAAUGACACUGCUGACAGAUAUGCCAAGAAUGCCAACCAGGCCCGCGAGCAUUCUGAGGUAA